CUGCGGCCCUCCAGGAACUGAGUUUGACACCCCUGGUUUAACAGAUAUUCACAUAGAAAACAGCUACUUUAAAUUGUAAUAUUUUUUUUCACAAUAUUACAGUUAUUUUACUGAAUUUUAGAUCAAAUAAAUGCAGCUUUGUGGCUGCAGACUGUGGAGUAGCUCCUCUAAAUAUGCGUGUAGUGGGUGGCAGUGAUGCCCCUGCGGGUAACUGGCCCUGGCAGGUCAGUGUCCACUACAAGAGCAGACACAUCUGUGGAGGAACCCUGAUCCACAGCCAGUGGGUGAUGACCGCCGCGCACUGCAUCGUCUCUACUAACCCCAACAGCUGGACACUGUACUUGGGAAGACAAACCCAGGUCACAUCUGCUGCCAACCCAAAUGAAGUAAGAAUUGGUAUUCAGUCCAUCACCGUCCAUCCAAAGUACAACAACACACUGUUUAAUAAUGACAUCUCCCUGAUGAAACUGAGCCAGCCUGUGACCGUCACUCCAUACAUUCGUCCGGUCUGCCUGGCGUCUAAAGCGAGCGUCUUCCACAACGCCACACUCUGCUGGGCUACAGGCUGGGGAAACAUCGGCAAAAACCAACCGUUGCCGGCUCCGCAGGCUCUUCAGGAGGUGCAGGUCCCGGUCGUGGGAAGCUCACAGUGCAGCUGCCAGUAUAAACCAGUAGGUGACGCUACAAUCACAGCACAGAUGAUCUGUGCAGGGAGAGCAAACAAAGGGAUCUGUCAGGGAGAUUCUGGAGGUCCCUUACAGUGCAAACAGGGUUCUGUGUGGGUCCAGGCUGGAAUCACCAGCUUUGGGACGAGUCUGGGCUGCGCCAAAGAAGGUUUCCCAGAGGUGUAUUCACGUGUCUCUGAGUUCCACACGUGGGUCACGGAGAACGUGGAAGGAGCCGCCAUUGGCUUCGUGACCUUUUCGUCCAACGGCACAGACGGCAGCUUCACAUGCUCUGCCACACUUCAGCUCUCACGCUACUCUAAUUUGAUCAUUUUCUUCAUGACGCUUAUCUCACACUUACAGUCACUUUAAACUGACUCACACACGCGUGCAACAGGGUACGGGUAACAGAAUAGUGUCUGAGAGAGGGUGUCAAAGAGAAAAUGCACAGAAAUUCUGAACAACUUGGAAAAAGGGCAAAAUGCUAAGAAGAAAAAAAAAAAAAAAAAAAAGCAAUUGGAAAAAUUAAAGCUCAUGAGUGAAUCACCAAAAAGUCCUUGCUCUGUUUUCCGUGACCAGUCAGCCUCUACUGGAAACAUAACUACAUCAUUGUGAGGAGAAAUCAUUUUUUAUUGCAAUCAAUUCAAAAGUGUCACGCUAUUAAAGUGGAUGUUGGCGAGUAGUUUUUAUACAGAGCACUUCCCACAACUUGUGGGAAGUUCUGAUGAUUCAAGUUGCGUUGGAAAUAUUGUGCAAAUUGAACACAAAUGAACACCAACACAAUGUCAUAAUUGUGAGUGAGAAACUUUUCUUAAGCCCAGAGAUUCUGGUCUGUCAGUGAGCAAAAUUAAAAGGGACACAACAGAUGCAGCAUCUGUAAUGAUGGUAAAUUUCUUGAAAUUCAUGAUUUUUUUUUUACAUUUACAAUAAAACCAGCAAAGUUGCAUGUACAAAAAUAUGACAUUAUAGUACAAUUACGAUAAUUAUGAUCAAAUAUGUAAUGAUUACAUUUACAGCACCUACAAAUAUAAUAAAAACUUAAAAAACA